UCAUCUAAUCUAUAGACUUUCCAAGUCGUAUAGCGAGUCAGGUGAACUUGAGCUGGAAAAUCAGACUCAUAAAGCAACUCCUUCAUUGCCGCUUAUUAGAUUAGAAGAUCACAUGACAUCAAGUCAUAAAUAAAGAUGCAGAAAGGCUAGUGGUCAAGGUUCAGUAUCAACAUGAGAGCCAUUCGAAGCUAAAAUAUAUCCAAGAUUAUAGACAAAAGGUCGGACUGAUUAAUGAUGCAUCAAAAGAAAAAUCAUUUCAGUCUUUUGUUGAACUUGUGUGCAUAUUUGAGAAAGUGAACCAAGUUGAGUUUGAAGACCAACAAGAUAUUGAUCCAUUCCAAGAUGAAGCACUUUUGCAAUCAGCAAUGGAUUAUUGCCUCUCAAUCAAAAGUCUUCUUUGCACAAAGUACAUACUCGAUAGACUUAGAGAGGACAAAAUAGAGCCAGUGGUUGGGAUCAAAGCUCUAAGUGAGGUUAUACAAGGAAUUUCCAGUCUUCAAGAUCUCUCAGAGUCAAGUCAUAGUAUGACAAAGCUUGAAGGAUCCGAUGAGUGUGUUAAUAUAUUAAAGACUUUGAUUGAAAAGAAAAAUUGCACUCUAAGAUAUGGAGACAACAAUGAAGGGGUUUCAGAUAUGCUCAGAUCAAUUUAUCACAGGCUUGGGCAAAAUGCAAUCCAGAUAGAUUCAGAGAGAAAAUAUAAUAGCAAGAAAUCUAUGAAAGAAAAUUUUGAAUCAGAUCGGAUAAAUGAUUCUAAAUCAGAGGAGGGCUUUUCUUUUUAAUAUUGAAGACACGGAUCAAAACCACAAAGAAUCAGUAAAAUUGAAUUACUAUUCUCACCAUAAAAAGUUCGGAGGACAAUCUUUCCAUGAAAUCCCUCCUGAACUGAAUACAAAGAAACUUCUAAGAAUGGACACACUCAGAGUUAAAUAAAAUUCAGCAAAUUAUCUCCGAUGAAUACAAUAUCCCAGGAGUCAAGUUCUUCGACUUGCAUCUGCUCAACAUGAAGAAUUCUCAAGUUUUCGAACUGUGCACACUCAUGUACUCAGGUCAAGACUUGUUUUGAGCCAAGACUGAGAGUAUUUUCCCGAUUCCAGUAUACAAGCUGAUGUUGUUUUACGAAGAACUCGAAGCUUUCCAGCUCAUGUUCAACCAGGAGCUCUAUUUUGCAAGCAAAAUCAAAAUUAUAGCUGAGAGCCUGUCGUAUUCACUUAUCAUUAGCAACCCAAUGAUUGCAGUGUUCAUUGCGAAUAUGUACCCUGAUGAACUGUUCCACAACAAGGCAGUAGCCAUCGACACUAUACUUCAUUAUCUCAAAGAGUUCACAGAAAACAACGGAGGUUCAAGAUAUCGACGUGUCAAGCAUCUAGAGCAGUACCUGUUCAUUGUCGAGAGAAUGCUUUGCUUCUUCAAUUUUGCUCAAGCUAAGAAACUCAUCGAGAUUUUUAAUGACUUUAUUGAUAUUGGCCAGAAUAAAGAAAAGAAUGGAUCUGAUAGAGUAUGAGACGAGUUUCAGAAUAACUUUUUGGUGUAUUCUCAGACUCCUAUCAAAGAGUGAGUCUUGAUUAUGUUCAUAUGCUAUAAACUAAAGAGCUCUUACAAAGAACUUCAUAAAGGAUAUCAAGAACUCGAAGAUAAAUACUCACAAAUUGUCAACCUACUUCUUGAUGCAACCGAAGAUAUAUCUCAAGUUGAACUGAUCCUGACUGCCAAGUGCUUCAACCGUAAAGAAGUCAUCGAUCUUAUUUCGGAGUGUGAUUUCCAGUUAGUUCUGAACAAUGACAAAGUGAGCAGAGUAGUUACUGACUUCUGGAAAGGCCCCUAUGAAACUGAGUUCUUUAUGAACAACUGUUACGCAUAUGCUCAGAUCCGAGAACUCUUCAUUGACUCAAAAAAGUUCUUUGGAUACAAGCCUGCAGGGGAGUACGCAUUUAGCAUUGACAGACUCUGGAGACAAAAGUCUCAGAAAAAGAUUUUUGAAGAAAACGAAAAGUCAAAGAACAAGGCAAGAUAUGCAAAUAAUUUCCAAUUUGAACAAUGGGAUAAAUCUUUAAGCACAAAAUAUUUUAUAGAGACAUUAUUCAUAAUUAUCGGCUCGACGAUUGUGAGUAUAAAUUCUUCAUACACUCUUGAAUUAUCUAUUGAAGCGCAACCAUCUGCAACAACUGUUUUAGGAAUAGUAUCUCAACUAGAAUCAGAUGGAUUAUCUGAAAGUACUAGGCAAUCACUAAUAAAUCAAGUUGAAUCAAUUGCUAAUGAGGCUGAAGAAAGACUCGAAAAGUUUUUUAGAUCAAUCGACAUAAAUAUUAUGAUUAACUGGAUUCUAGCAACGUAUAUCCUUAAACUGAUUAGUGAGUAUAUCUUUGUCAAAAUAAGAUCAAAGAGUUUUAGCUUUAUGGCAACAGAUAUUGUGUUAAAUAUUAUUUAUUUUGUGACUCUCACUUGGAUGACCUGACUAUUACACUUUGAUUAUUACCAACACGCUCCUCGAAGUGAUGAAUAUUAUUAUGUUCGUGUCUAUCAAUAUGCAACUACACAUAUGCAAGAUGUUGGAACGCAAGUUUGUUUUGCAAUUCUUCUAAUGGUUCAUACUAUUAGAGUCUUGAAUAUACUUAGAGCCUCUCAAACCUUUGGACCUAUGAUUGAGAUAAUAUUCAGUAUGAUUAUUGAGCUCUUUAAAUUCAUGGUAAUAUUUCAAUGUAUUAUCCUGAUAUUUACAAGUUCAAUGAGAAUCCUGUUCUUCACUCUCCCUGAAUUCAGCAGCAGAACUGAAACUUACGUCACUCUCUAUUCAGCUUCUCUUUCAAAUUUUGAUUUCUCAAUAUUUCAAUCUGAAUUAAUGUCAGUGAACAAGCUUUAUGGAUACUGAUUCAUGGGAUUGUUCUUACUGGUGUCAGCCAUUGCUCUUCUCAACUUCCUGAUCGCAGUCAUUUCUCAUGUGUAUGAAAAGCUCAACCAAAUAAAAGUAGGGCUCUAUCUCAAAUCUUUGAUUGGAAUUCGCCAAGUGAUGCAGCACGAUGAUCGAUACUCAUGCUUGGUGUCAUCAGUACCCCCUCUGAACAUUGUUCCAUUCAUCAUGACUCCAGCCGUGUUGUGGAUGCAAAGUAAAAAACUUAAUUAUUGAAUUCUACAUUACGAAUACUUGGUCGUAGCAAUUGUAGGAAUGACACUCUAUAUUUUAUUUGCCAUAAUCUGAAUUCCUUUUGCUUAUGUUCUCAUAAUUGGAACAUUACUAAAAACUAUGUGAGGUAAAAAGAGAUCUGAAAAGUCUAAAUGAACUCAAAUUACAGAUCUAUUUCUAUUUAUCAUCUUUGGAUUCAUAAUGCUAAUCUGAAGAACAAUUUGAGAUUUCGGUCUGUUUAUUUGCGACUUGUAUAAUACCAACCUGAUAAAGUGCACAGAUAUCGAAUCGACUUCGGUAAAUACAAGAAGUACAAUCACAGGAGAAGUUGAUAAAAACUUUUACUUGCUAUUUUUAUUGUUUUUGAAGCAGUAUCCAAGCAAGAAAGUACACUCCAAGAAAUUGAUUGCAGAUUUAAGAUCUCUGUUAGAUAUUCACCAACAUUUGAGGACGAUAAUAUUUUCAGGUAAAGAGGCCAACCAAUUAUUUAAAUCAAAUAAGUAA